AUGGUGAAGAGGAAUGUAGUUAAGGCAGGGGAGUUUAGAUUCUUUGAUGGGUGUUGUGGUUGGGAGAAGGAUCAGUUGAAGGAGGAGAUUAGAGCUGGUUAUUGGACAGUGGCAGCUUGUAGCCCAACUAUAAUUGGGCUUAUUGUUGUUGGGAAUUAUAUUCAUACACAAGUCUUGGGGAAACGUCUUUCUCCUCAUGGACCGAGCUUGUUGCAAUCAUGCAUUCUCACCAACACAAUCCCUCUAUAUUUUUCUUUGAUAGAAUCUUGUUCGUCCAUUAAGAAUCUAAACACUCUGAGAAAAAUCCACGCUCAAAUCGUGACCGUGGGAAUCUCUUACCAUGACUUCAUCAGAGCGAAGCUCGUGUCUUCCUACGCCGCUUGUGCACAAAUGCACGAAGCCGCCCUCAUCUUCUCCCGCACCAAUCGUCAAUCCACCUUCCUCUACAAUUCCAUGAUCAGAGGCUACGCUUCUCUCAACCUCUUCCGUCAAGCCCUCUCCGUAUACCGUCAGAUGCUCCGUGCGGGCAAACAACACGACCGGCGAACGUUACCCUCUGUCCUCAAAUGCUGCGCCGGCCUCUCGGCACUCCACCUCGGUAGGCAGGUCCACAUGGCCGUUUUAGUCCACGGGUUCACCGACGACUUGGCCACCUCCAACAUGUUGGUGACGAUGUACUCCAAGUGCGGUGACCUGAGGAUCGCCCGCCAGGUAUUCGACGAAUUGACGGAGAGAAACUCGGUUACGUGGUCAGCCAUGAUAGCUGGGUACGGUACGCACGGGUGCUGCGCUGAGGCUGAGGCUGUGCGGUUGUUCGAGGAGAUGCUAGAUGUGGGAGAGUCGCCUGACGCCGUUACCUUCACAACGGUAUUGACGGCGUGCAGUCAUGGAGGGUUGACGGAAUUGGGACGGAAUUUGUUUGAGAAGAUGGAGGAGGGGAAGUUUGGAGUGGAGCUCGGGUUAGAGCAUUACACGUGUAUGGUAGAUAUGUUGGGUAGGGCGGGACAUGAUAGGGUUUUGGUUGGGGAAUUGCUCUUUCGAGGGAGCUACCUCCUAGAAGAAAGACGAGAGAAGAGAAACUUGAAUAUUGAGGACAGAUUGUCUCCUGUGCCUGAUGCUCCUUCUUGCCGAGAUGGGCAUGGACUGCGUGACUGUUGGAACCGCUGA